GUCUUACCGGUCCAAAUGUCGAAGCGAUGUCGCGGAGGGUCGGCGGGAAACAAGUUCCGGAUGUCUCUGGGUCUUCCGGUUACGGCGACUGUUAACUGCGCGAACAAUACCGGAGCGAAAAAUCUCUACAUCAUAUCAGUGAAAGGGAUCAAGGGUCGUCUCAACAGAUUGCCCUCUGCUUGUGUUGGUGACAUGGUGAUGGCCACCGUCAAGAAAGGGAAGCCCGAUCUCAGGAAGAAGGUCAUGCCUGCUGUCAUUGUCAGGCAGCACAAACCUUGGCGCCGAAAGGAUGGUGUCUUCAUGUACUUUGAAGAUAAUGCUGGAGUUAUAGUGAACCCCAAGGGAGAAGUGAAAGGAUCAGCUAUCACUGGUCCAAUUGGAAAGGAGUGUGCAGAUCUGUGGCCUAGGAUUGCUAGUGCCGCCAAUGCCAUCGUUUAAGAGUCUAGUCUCGGCCUUAAUUUGCAAAAAUGGAUUUAAUGACUAUCAAAUUUUGA